GAGCGCCAGAAGCCGGAAGCGGCGGCCGCUCGAGGCGGGGGGCGACGCAGCAGCGACCGUUGGUGCCGCGGGCGCGCGCGAGGCGCCGAGGGAGUCGCCCCCCCUCCCUGCUUCCCUCCCCCCCUUCCUACCGCCGCCGCCGCCCGCCCGCGAUGGCCCUGCGGCCGCUCCUCAUCAUCGUCGCCGCUCUGACGGCCACCGCGCCGCCUCGCCCCGCCGCCGGCUUCUACCUGCCGGGCCUGGCGCCCGUCAACUUCUGCGAGCCCUCCAAGGAGAAACCCGAGUGCAAGUCUGGAAUCGAGCUGUUUGUGAACAGGCUUGACUCUGUAGAGUCUGUCCUUCCCUACGAAUAUACUGCCUUUGAUUUCUGUCAAGCAGAAGGAAAGAAACGUCCGUCUGAAAACCUUGGCCAAGUGUUGUUUGGAGAGAGGAUAGAACCGUCUCCUUACAGGUUCACGUUCAACAAGAAGGAGACAUGUAAAGCUGUUUGUACAAAAACAUAUGAUACCAAAAAGCCAGAGGAUAAGCAGAAAUUAGAUUUUUUGAAAAAAAGUAUGCUACUGAAUUAUCAGCAUCAUUGGAUUGUGGACAACAUGCCUGUGACCUGGUGCUAUGAUGUUGAAGAUGGCCAGAGGUUCUGCAAUCCAGGCUUUCCCAUUGGCUGUUACAUUACAGAAGAUGGCCGUCCAAAAGAUGCCUGUGUUAUUAAUUCAGAAUUUCAUGAAAAAGAUACUUUUUAUAUCUUCAAUCACGUUGACAUAAAGAUAUAUUACCAUGUUGUGGAGAAUGAAGCUCUGGGAGCAAGACUUGUUGCUGCUAAACUUGAACCAAAAAGUUACAAGCAUACUCAUCCAGACAACCCUGAUUGCUCAGGAGUGCCUAUGGAUAUAAGCAAUAAGGCCAAUGGAGAAGUCAAAAUUGCUUACACGUACUCAGUAUCUUUUCAGGAAGAAAAAAAUAUAAGAUGGGCAUCAAGAUGGGAUUAUAUUUUGGAAUCCAUGCCUCACACUCAUAUUCAGUGGUUUAGCAUUAUGAAUUCCUUGGUGAUUGUCCUUUUUCUGUCUGGAAUGGUUGCUAUGAUUAUGUUGAGGACUCUGCAUAAAGAUAUUGCAAGAUACAAUCAGAUGGAUUCCACUGAAGAUGCGCAGGAGGAAUUUGGCUGGAAGCUGGUUCAUGGUGAUAUCUUCAGGCCCCCCAGAAAAGGAAUGCUGUUGUCUGUUUUCCUAGGCUCUGGCACGCAGAUCUUAAUCAUGACUUUUGUUACACUGUUUUUCGCUUGCCUGGGAUUUUUGUCACCUGCUAACCGGGGAGCUCUAAUGACCUGUGCUGUAGUUUUGUGGGUACUGCUUGGAACUCCAGCAGGUUACGUUGCUGCCAGAUUCUACAAAUCAUUUGGAGGUGAGAAAUGGAAAACAAAUGUCCUGCUGACAUCAUUCCUUUGUCCUGGAAUCGUGUUUGCGGAUUUUUUUAUCAUGAAUCUUAUUCUCUGGGGAGAAGGCUCUUCUGCAGCUAUUCCGUUUGGUACUUUGGUUGCUAUUUUGGCACUCUGGUUUUGCAUAUCUGUUCCACUGACGUUUAUUGGUGCCUAUUUUGGCUUUAAGAAAAAUGCUAUUGAACACCCUGUUCGCACAAAUCAAAUUCCUCGUCAGAUUCCUGAGCAGUCGUUCUAUACAAAGCCCUUACCUGGAAUUAUCAUGGGAGGGAUUCUGCCUUUUGGGUGCAUCUUUAUCCAGUUGUUCUUCAUUCUGAACAGUAUUUGGUCUCACCAGAUGUAUUACAUGUUUGGCUUCCUGUUUCUGGUAUUCAUUAUUUUGGUUAUCACAUGUUCUGAGGCCACAAUAUUGCUCUGUUACUUCCAUCUAUGUGCAGAGGACUAUCACUGGCAGUGGCGUUCAUUUCUCACUAGUGGUUUUACUGCAGUUUAUUUCCUAAUAUAUGCAAUACAUUAUUUUUUUUCUAAACUGCAAAUCACAGGAACAGCUAGCACCAUUUUAUAUUUUGGUUAUACCAUGAUUAUGGUUUUGAUCUUCUUCCUUUUCACAGGGACAAUUGGAUUCUUUGCAUGCUUUUGGUUUGUAACCAAAAUCUACAGUGUGGUGAAAGUUGACUGAAAAAAAAAACAAUGUAAAGAAUUAACACGGAAGAGGUUAAAUCUUCAUGAACAUAACUUAAAGACCUGAUCUACGUGAUGAACUUGAGCUUUAUCAGAAGUGUUGGCUUUCUGUUCUUUGAGAAUGAUACUGAAUAUGCAGCUGCCCCAAACACUUUUUUCCACUAACACGUUUGUAUUGUGACUUAACAACCUGUUUUCAUGCAGAUCUCAAUGAAGAUCAGAGUUACAAUAUUUAUGCAUUUGUAAAUACAACGAUACCUUAAAAUAAACGUUAAAUUCUAAUGGCAGAAUAGAACCGGCUGUAUUACACAACUUAAUGAUACUUCUGAUUAAAGUACAAUUGUAAAUAGGAUUUUCUAGCUUGGUAGGUGGGAUGAAUUAUUUUUCUUUGAGGGAAAUGAGAACUUUUUAUUAUGCUAACUUUGAAGGAUGACUCUUAAGAAGUGUCGCUUUUAGUUUGGAUGUGAUUUUUAUUUUUUACUGGUAUUAUGUCCACAAAUAUUCUGAUUUCUGUGACUUCAUUAGUUUCAGUGUUCUUGGCCUUUUAAACUAUGUGCCUCUGAGUCCUUGAAUUUAUAAAUUCAUAAUCUAAUAAAUAUUGUAAAAAUGU